CUUUGAUGUUCGGACCCGCCAGCUCUCCUAGCCGCUGAGUCCGGCGCCCGCGCCCAGCGCCCUGCGCCCGCAGCCCGCCCAGGCGGAGUCAGCCCGCGCUCCGCCCGCCGCGCUUCGAGCUCGGAGGUCCGGACUCCGGGCUCGCCGCCUCCCGGGCCGGCUUCGCGCCCCUCACUCCUGCGCCCCGCGCCCCAGCGGGCGGAGCGCACCAUGCCGCAGCUGGACUCGGGCGGGGGCGGCGCAGGCGGCGGGGACGACCUAGGCGCGCCCGACGAGCUGCUGGCCUUUCAAGACGAGGGCGAGGAGCAGGACGACAAGAGCCGCGACAGCGCCGCGGGCCCCGAGCGCGACCUAGCCGAGCUCAAAUCGUCGCUAGUCAAUGAGUCCGAGGGCGCGGCGGGCGGCGCGGGGGUCCCGGGGGCUGGCGCCGGGGCCCGUGGCGAGGCUGAGGUCGGGGCCGAGGCUAUCGGGCGGGAACACACUUCGCAGAGACUUUUCCCCGACAAACUUACAGAAUCUCUGGAGGACGGCCUGAAGGCCCCAGAGUGCGCCAGCGGCAUGUACAAAGACACCGUCUACUCCGCCUUCAAUCUGCUCAUGCACUACCCACCCCCUUCGGGGGCCGGGCAGCACCCCCAGCCGCAACCCCCGCUGCACAACAAGACCAGCCAGCCUGCCCAUGGCGUCCCCCAGCUCUCCCCUCUCUACGAACACUUCAGCAGCCCACACCCCACACCUGCACCAGCUGACAUCAACCAGAAGCAAGUUCACAGGCCUCUGCAGACCUCUGACCUCUCUGGCUUCUACUCUCUGACCUCAGGCAGCAUGGGACAGCUCCCCCACACUGUGAGCUGGCCCAGCCCUCCUCUCUACCCCCUGUCCCCUUCCUGCGGAUAUAGACAGCACUUCCCUGCCCCCACUGCAGCCCCUGGCGCCCCCUACCCCAGGUUCACCCACCCAUCCCUGAUGCUAGGUUCUGGCGUACCUGGUCACCCAGCAGCCAUUCCCCACCCAGCCAUUGUGCCCGCCUCAGGGAAGCAGGAACUGCAGCCCUACGAUCGCAGCCUGAAGACGCAGGCAGAAUCCAAGGCAGAGAAGGAAACCAAGAAGCCAACCAUCAAGAAGCCACUCAAUGCCUUUAUGCUGUACAUGAAGGAGAUGAGAGCCAAGGUCAUUGCAGAGUGCACACUCAAGGAGAGUGCUGCCAUCAACCAGAUCCUGGGCCGUAGGUGGCACGCACUGUCACGAGAAGAGCAGGCCAAGUAUUAUGAGUUGGCCCGUAAGGAGAGGCAGUUGCACAUGCAGCUAUAUCCAGGCUGGUCAGCGCGGGACAACUACGGGAAGAAGAAGAGGCGGUCCAGGGAAAAGCAUCAAGAAUCCAACACAGAUAACUCUCUUCACUAUUCCUAGGAGGAAAAAGAAAUGCAUUCGGUACUUACCCGGAGAAGGCCGCUGCCCCAGCCCCGUUCCUUCCGAUGACAGUACUCUAGGCUGCUCCGGGUCCCCAGCCCCCCAGGAUUCACCCUCAUACCUCCUGCUGCCCCAUUUCCCCACAGCACUACUUGCUAGCCCUGCGGAGCCAGCGCCUACAUCACCAGGUCUGUCAGCUGCUCUCAGCCUCCCAGCCCUGUGGGCCCCCACAGGCCCUCAGCAAUGCCCUGCAGAGUACACAGGUACAGCAACAGGAAUUCUGGAGACAGGCAGCCUAGCAUGCACAGGACACCUGGUCUCCAGGGACCCAGUCUUGGAGAAGCACCGACAGAGCCCUACAGCAUGUGGGAACCAGCCAGGGCCCCGGUUAACUCCUGAGGGUCCAGGUGCUGAUUUCAGAGGCUGCACAACUUCUACCUGAACCUGGGGCCAUGACUUCAAACUGCUCCGAGUGGUGCAUCCCAUCUGUGUCAUUACCUGAUUAAGGGCCUCUCCUGUGCCUCAUGGCAGCUUACAUCUGUUCUUUUUGCCAUCAUCUUGCUAACCAGAUGCCCCAGCCGCUUACCCUACCCUGCCUCCCUAGCUCACCUCCCCACUCCCACCACUGCCCCCCCCCCGCCCCCUCCCUGUCACUUCACGGACCAGGAAUGAGCUGGUUUACCAAAUGUGAGCCUGGCACAACCACAAAGCUCAAGAUGACCAUGCUUUCUCUUAAGGGCCUAGAAAAGCCACGUUUUACUGAAAGCUAGCUGCCGUUUGUACGCUGGACCAGAGAAAUCCUGCCACAUCCUCAGGAGCUUAUGAGUAGAGGGGAUGGAAUAGGUUAAGUUUAGGCCUAUCACCCUAGGCAACAGAAAAACCUGACACUACCUUGAUCAGGCAAGUGUGGGUGGUAGGGAUUAUCUGGCCGUCUGGUUCAAAUUACUUGGAAAUGGUUCCUGAGAAACUCAAUCACCUAAGAAGCCCUGAUAGCAAAGCCCCAGACCUGUCACUAGUGGCUGUAGUCAACAGUUCAAAGAAGUCAUGGCCCAAAACCUGGUUUGCAUCCCUCCCCAUUCUGAGAGGCUUUUUCACAGAUCCAUUUCCAGCUUAUCCACCUCAGUCUAGCCAGCUCUUCGGCAGCGGUGAGAAGCCAAACAAAACCAGGCCAGCUUCAGUUUCCCUCUAGGGCACUGGGAAGAAGGACCAUUACAGCCAAAGCAAGGAGCCCAGAAAUCCUCCAGUGGUAGACUGGGCUUUCACCACAGCCUAAUUAACCCAGUUCUGAGCCAAGCUUCAACCCUGAGCCUUAAAAAAAAACAAACAAAAAAAAACAACCACCUUUUUAAUUUAACUUGGGUUUUUGGUGCCUCCUCACUGUAUAUAUAGCCUGAAUCCAAAGAAAAAGGGCUGUCCCUAUACCCACACAUACUCUCCAACAAAAGCCUUUAGUUCCUACUUUACCUACUGGCUUCUCUGAUUCCAAAGAUCAUAUAUUCUAGUGUAGUGUUGCAGGAAGUCUUGCGAAAAAAGGGCCAUUGUAGUAUUAAAAAUAUUUUUGUAUUGUUAAAGCAUCAUCAUAGAAAAAAAUUUUAAACAUGAGAAUAAAGAUACUUUUUACUGUU